AUGGAUAUUUUCUUAGAUAAUAGAGAAUUGACUCAAAUACAGGAACUAUGGAUUGUCGACUGUGGACUCAAAAAUAUACCACCCUUCAAAAAAAAUUGUCCAUUGAGAAAGCUCUAUUUAUAUUCCAAUCAAAUAUCUUGUAUAUCAAAUUUGGAUUUCUGCACAUGUUUAGCAAUUUUAUAUUUGUCAGGAAACAAUAUAGACAAUCUCCAGCCUCUAACUAAAUUACCACGGUUAGAAGACCUCAACUUAGCUAAUAAUAAAUUAAAAAAAAUUGAUAAAUAUUUUAUAAAUAAAUCAGAGUUAUGUUACUUAAACUUGGCAGGAAAUCCAUUGUGUUUUAUACAGGAUAUAAGAAAUUUAUCACAUCUACAAAAAUUAAGAACCUUAAUAUUUGCUGAUCCAUUAUAUGGAAACUGCCCAAUAGUAGCUCUUUGCAAUUAUCGUGCAUAUGUUAUAAAUUACCUUCCAAACAUUAAGAAAUUAGAUCAUUAUACUAUAUAUGAAAAAGAAAGACAUUGGAUUAAUCAAUUUUUCAGAAAACAAAUACUUCAGCAUAAUGUAUUGUUUCAUAAACAAUUAAGUGAAUACCUGAAGUCUGUGAAAGACAAUUAUAAAGAAUACAAGAACAUAAUGCUUUAUUUUAAAAAUAAGCUUUAUGUAACUAAGCAUAAACAAACCUAUCUGAAAGAAAAAACACAUGAUGAAUCACUAAAUAUAUCACUGAAAAUGGAAUUAAAUAAACAACAGUUUAUGGAAAAGAAAAAAAUGGCAAUGAUACAAUCUAAAGUAAAACAACAGCAUAAUCAUUUUUACACACAGAAACUAUUAAUAUGAUAUUUCAUGUUGUACAUUGCAGUCUAUUAUUAAUUGAAUAUUAAAAAUUAUUAUUUUCUUGCUAGAUUUUACAACAGCAGUUAAUAUAUAAUAUAAACUAUUGGGGAAAUAUAAAUUUUGUUGAAUAUAAUACUAAUCCUAAAAAUGCAGUUACACAACUGUGUAAACAAUUUUUAGAGGAAUCGUUGUGUUCAAUUAUAAAAAAGUAGGCAAACAUUGUUAUGUUAUAGAAAAUACAUUCAAAUAAUGGAAAAUUGAUAAUUACUUUUGAUUGACAGUGAUAUAGGCAUCACAGGUUUGACAUUAUAUAAAGUAACAGAAGUGAACAAUAAAGAAAUGGAUCAAUUAAAUCUCUGGAAUGAUACCAUAAAAUUAAAUGAAUACAACAUGAUAUUAAAAAUUGUAACGUCUCCUGGAGUAACAGAUAUUCAAGCAUGGCCUUUUGAUUUCUUUAAAACUGGUUUAUUUUCUAAUGUACCAAUAUGCCUUUCUGAAAAAUAUAUUAGUAUAUUUAAUAUUUAUUUAGGAAUUUCUUUUAAUUUAUAGAAAGAGUUAAUAGUUACAAACUGUUUGGCAGUAGCAGACUCUGAAUGGUUAAAUAAAAUGUUAUUAAUCAAGAAAAAUGGUGAUAUGUUGAAUCUGCUUAAUAAUUUUGAAAAACGACGUAUUUGUAUACUUACACAGACACCUGUCUUCAGCUACAUUGAAAAGUAAUAGUAAUAAUUUUUAUCAGUUUCAAUAGUUUCCAUCUAAAAACUUGUUUUUACUCAGGACAUAUAAUGCUAAUGAUUACUUACACGUACAACAUGGAAGUUAUGUGAAUAAUAUGAACAAAAUUUGCCAAAAAUUUGUGCUGAGAAAUACAAAUAUUAGAAAUCCCAUGUUUGUAAUUGAGUACGAGUAUAAAUUACACGAAUUAAAAAAUGUAAUAAUUUUUUAUUAUAUAAUAAAACUGUUUUUUGUUAUUGAAAGAAUUACUUAUAACAAAAGUUUCUUAAAUCUGUUUGUAGGAAAACAAAUCUAAAAAAUAUGUUGUUCCAUGUACAUUAAACAACACUAUGUGGGUUUAUUUAUCAAAUUUAAAUAUAACAAGAUAUAUUGACAUUAAUGAAAAUUUAAGAGUACAUGAUCUUGUAAAAAUAUGUCUCUCAGGACAACAUAUAAAUUCAAUAAGUACAGAUUUGGAUUUACCCAACUUAAAAGAAUGUGACAUUUCAUUCAAUUGUCUUGAAAAAUUUCCAAAUUCAAAGUUCAUGAAAAAUAUAAAAAUAUUAAAUAUUAGUUCUAAUAAUAUACAAUUGAUACAUAUUCAAGAAACUUUAUCUAAAUUGGAAGAAUUGGACAUAUCAUGGAAUUGCAUAUCAAGUUGCCUUACAAAUAUUAAAAUUCUUAAAACUUAUGUACCCAAUCUGCUUAAAUUAAAAAUAUGUAACAAUCCCUUUGAAGAUAUUGAUCCAGAACUUACAGAAUAUAUUUUACACAUGAACAUACUGAGCCUGCAAUUUAUUAAUGAUAACCUAUGUACAAAUCUUCAUUUACCUGAAAAUUAUUUUCCAUGUUCAUUUAAUAUGUAUAAUUUGAGACAACAUAAUAAUUCAAUUUAUUUGGAAGAAAAUAUAAUAAAAAGUGAAGAAGAAGCAGAUUUAUUACUGACAGAAAAGAAUAUAAAAUGUGCAAAAUCUAUUCACAUAUCGCAAGAAUCAUUUGUACUAAUGCAUAUUUUAAAGAAGGCUUUGAAAAUUCAGGAAUUAUGUGUUACUUGUUGUUUAUUGACUACAUUAUGUAUCAAAAUGCCUUUAAAACAUCUAAUUAAAUUAAAUCUCGGAAAUAAUCUCAUUUCAACUUUGAAUGAACUUACGCAAACAAAUUUUCCAUUGUUAAAGUAUUUAGAUUUAACAAAUAAUUUAAUAACAACUUUAGAACCAAUGGGUUCGUUUUGUACUUUACAAGAAUUUUAUUGUAGCAAUAACAAGAUAGGAGAUCUACUACAAAUAGAUAAUAUUAAAACAUGGCAAAUGUUGCAUGUUAUAGAUCUUUCCAAUAAUCCAAUACACAAAAGAGCAUUAUAUAAAAAAUUUAUUAUAUGUCAUUUAAACAACAUUAAAUAUAUUUCUGGAGAACGCAUCCAAUAUUCUGAUGUAGCUGAAGCAAGAUACAUUUUCGACAAUAGAUUAGAUAAAUAUAUCUUAAAUACAAUUUAUAAAACAGAUCAAUUAACAACUAUUAUACAGUUGAGUAUAACUAAUUGCUCUUUAUCAAAGGUAUGCCAUUUUCUAUUUUCUAAUAUUAACUUCAAUCAUAUUAACUAUCAAAUAAUUUCAGAUUAAUUUAUCUGGCAAUUUAUUACCACAAUUAGAAAGUUUGGAUUUGAGUAACAAUCAAAUAACUUAUUUAUGGGGUCUUCAUUCCUUUCAAUAUUUACAUACAUUAUGCUUAAGUUAUAAUUGUCUUGAUACAUUUGACAGUAAUGGCUAU